AUGUGUUUAUCAUACGUGCUUCUCAUUCGUCGAUAUUUUCAGGAUCAAUCAGUUCCAUAUGACUCGAAAAAAGAUUGUUGGAUUCCAGACAAAGAUGAAGGCUACGUGCCCGCUCAGAUUAUCUCCACAAAAGGAGACCAAAUCACAGUCACAAGCAAAGGAUCAGAGGUAUUAACCACAAUUCAGACUUAUAUAAAUCGAUUAGCAUUUGUACUUAUUUAUAUGUACCACUGCAGGCGAUACAAUAUUCGAUCAAAUUCCGACACCAAUGAAAAUUUUCAGAAAACACUGAAAAAGGAUUUAGUGGCACAGAUGAAUCCACCAAAAUUCGAGAAAACAGAAGACAUGUCAAACUUGACAAUUCUGAACGAUGCUUGUGUUCUACAUAAUCUGCGAGCACGUUAUGCAGCAAUGCUCAUCUAUACAUAUUCUGGCUUAUUCUGUGUUGUGAUCAACCCAUACAAACGUUUACCGAUUUACACGGACUCAGUGGCACGCAUGUUUAUGGGUAAAAGAAGAAACGAGAUGCCACCACAUCUAUUCGCUGUAUCAGACGAAGCAUACCGAAAUAUGCUCCAGAAUCACGAAAAUCAAUCAAUGCUGAUCACCGGUGAAUCUGGCGCCGGCAAAACAGAAAACACUAAAAAGGUAAUUGCAUACUUUGCAUCUGUGGGUGCAAGUCAAACAGAAGCAGCUGGUGGCGCUACAGAGACAGCAGGUGGCAAGAAGAAAGUGACCUUAGAAGAUCAAAUUGUACAAACAAAUCCAGUGCUUGAAGCAUUCGGU